AGAAAAUACUGGAGCCCCGUUAAAAGUUCAAUGACGACUGGAGUUUGUUGUUGAUGCUCUGUUCUCAAUCUCCUCAUCUCUGCGUCCACUCCGACAUGCUGCGACCUGCUGCUCGCGCGCUCCUGCGCUUCCGCCCACCACUCCGUCCCCUCGCCCUCUCUAACUCUGCACCACCGCUGCCCUCGUACAUCUCAUCUACCCAUGCUCUCCCCGCUCUCCUCUUCAGGCGACACCAGUCCACGUCAACAGAAACCGAGCCAACGCCGACAGAAUCGACGUCCGCGGUCACAGACUCUGACCUUGUACCAGCCUCUAUCUAUGCGCACGCACCAGAUCCCAAGCGAGCCACGUCCGCCGCGGUGCGCGAGCAGCUCCGCCGCCUCGGCGAGAUGAUCGAGCGGACUGCCGCAACACAAAAGGGCAAGAAGGCCGUCGUAGGCGAGUAUCCCGACCAGAAGGAACUGCUCGAGUUCGUCCUCGACAAGAGCGUCCCCGCGUUCGUCCUCACUGUUCGGGGCAUAGAAUUGUUCCUCGAGAAAGAAGCCCCAGGACACCGCGAGUUCAUGACCGUACCCACUCCUCCAGAGACUCUGAUGGACCUGUUCCGCCUGCUGUCCGCGCAGCGGCUGACUGGCAACUCUUUGCGCGCGGCCGUCGCCCAGUUCCUCCUAUACCACGGCAUCAUAGGGAACGCCCGAGACUUCAAGAACCCUACCUACAUCGUGUUCAGCCGCCUGCUCAGUCGCAAGCUUAUGUGUGGCAUUGCGUACCCCUUGCUCUCGUCCGUUGAGUGGCAGACACCAGAGGUGAAGAAACUGAAAGAGCUAAAGAAGGCUGCCCCGAAGCCAGCAGCAAAGUCAGCAGCAAAGCCAGCUGCGAAACAGGCUACACCGCAGACCAAACCCACGACCGCAAGGACAAGUCCUCCGCCACCGGCAGGCUCUUUUCCAGAAGUCGAAGAAGAGCCUUUGCCUGAGCCGCGCGUUGUCGAGGAGCCAAAGAUAUUCAAGGUCGCGCUCGGCCAGGCCACACAGCCGCCGUUUGACCCAGUCUUCGAGGACGGCAAGUGGUACGCGUCGCGCAAGCUCGACGGUCUGCGCUGCAUUACAUAUCUUGACUUUGCCGUGCCGCGCUCGGGCGAGCCGUGGCUUGUCGACGUCCGCUUCCUCUCUCGAUCCGGGAAUGAGUUCGCAUCGCUCGAGAACCUCAAGAAGGACAUCUGGCGGAAUCUCCCCGGCUUCCCUGGCCUGAGGGAUCUCGUGCUCUUCGACAACUCGUCUCCCGAGAAGAACGGGCGGCGGCGUCUCGUUCUCGACGGAGAGGUGUGCGUCAUGCGACCCCUCACACCAGAAGAAGCCGCCAAGGUCGAUCACGGAACGGCGGGCCGGCUGUGGGAGGACGACGGGCUGACAGAGGACUUCCGCGCGACCGUUUCGCAAGUCAAGCGCAAGUACAGUGCCGUGCAGUAUCCCGCCUACUUCCUGUUCGACGUGCUGCACUGGUCAACCUUCGCUGGCGCGCCAGCAGUAGAGGAUGAGACUUUUGCGCAGCGACAGAAGCUCGUACAGGAGCUCGGGGCAUGGCUGUCGCGUUACCAGCAGAAGCGGGGCUUGGUCCGCGCGCUCCGGCAGGAGGAGAUUGUGAGCCGCGAGCAGCUGAAUGAAAUGGUUGAGCGCGCCGCGCGCGAGGGCUGGGAAGGACUCAUGCUGCGCAAGGACACGAAGUACAAGGCUUCGCGAAGCUCGAGCCUGCUCAAGUACAAGCAGUGGCAGGACGCCGAGUACGAGGUUGUGGACAUCGAGACGUCGACGCAGCGCCUCGCCGUGGACGGGAAGUUUGGCGAGUACGAGGCCCUCGCGGCCGCAAUCAUCGAGCAUGAGGGCCACCGCGUGGCGGUCGGCUCGGGGUGGACGGCGCUGCAGCGGCUGCGGUUCCGGCGCCCCGAGAACAUCGUCGGCAGCACAAUCACGGUCGAGUACUUUGGCGUGAGCGAGGUGCCUGGGCGCGAGGGCAAGAGCUUGCGGUUCCCCCGCGUCAAGGCGGUGUAUGACGGGCCAAGGGACGUUUAGCAUUGCAUGCAUGCUUCACCAGUU